AUGGAGAAGAGGAAGAUAAAGAGGAUAAUAGUUGAUGAAGGAACUGAAUUUGAGAAGAUAUACAACUUUGACGGUAAUGGUUGGUUCACAACUAUUACUGAUAAAGAUGGAGAACAUUUAAGACCCAGAAAGCCACCAAGAAAACUUUUUGAUCUCCCAAAAGCUAGGAAACCAAAGGAACCAUUUCCGGUACCAGACGUCCAAGAACCAGAGAGACUUUUGAUACCGAAACCUGUGGAUGACAAAUAUGAUCCAGAUCAGUUCUUCCCAAAAUACCUUUAUUCUGACUUACUGAUAAAGAUGGAGAACAAAAUUCUGACUUAA